ACGUUCGUCAUUGCGGCCCGCCCGACCGAAGACCCUUCGUCUACUUCAUUAUUUUCAGGACUGCCUGAUGGUUGAUGGUUGAAGUUCACCUGAUAAUCCGUUCAUCAUUUUCUCUGCCGUUUUAGCCCAUCGGAGACAGCCUCCGCCCACUUCCUCACAGUUUAACAUUUCUUCGGUUUAAUUACAUUUUUAUGCGAUGUCGUCUUUAAUCCUGUUUUUGUGUACAGUUUGCAUAUCGCACAUCUCAGCCGUAGAAAUUGAGUUAAAACCAGUAACUGAUAGCGCCAAUUAUAAAGUGUUUGACUACAAGCUCACAAACACUUUAAAAUGCAAUGCCUCAGCCCCUCUGACAGCAGAUUUAGCCAUAAAAUGGAAAAAAAAUGACAUAAUGGUUGAACCCAGUGAAGGAAAGUUAGAUAUAAAACCUAAUGGCCAACUCGUUAUACACCGAACUGUUGAGGAUGAUAUGGGUAUAUAUGCAUGUGUACUAGAAAAUACAACUAGUAAACAGCAUAUUAAAUCUGCUGAAAUUAUUGCUAUUGGCAAACCGACAGCCAAGAUUCUGCAGAAAAUGCCCCAAGGCGCAUUUAUAGAAGGUCAGAAAAUUUCUCUUGAAUGUAUAGCACAAGGGAAUCCGGCACCAAAAAUGGAAUGGCGAUUUGGAAAUGAAACAUUCCCAAGUGACACAACAUCCACAAAAUCUGACAGGAUUAAAGUGAGCCAAGGAAGUCCCUUUGUACUGAAUUUGCAAAUCGAUGAAGCUGAUAUGUCAGACCGUGGUGAAUACAUUUGUAGAGUUUGGAAUCAAGCAAGCGACAUAUUAAAUCUUACCAUUGAAACUUCGAUGUUUGUCAGAGUAAAAGAUAAAUUAGCAGCGUUGUGGCCGUUUAUUGGCAUCUGUGCCGAAGUCAUCGUACUAUGUGCCAUUAUUUUAGUUUAUGAACGAAAUCGUAUGAAGUCCGAGUUAGAAGAAAGUGAUACAGACAUCAGCCCAGAACAGAAAAAUACACCAGACCAUGGAAAGGAAGCGGUUCGACAAAGGAAAUGAAAUGUGAUAUUUUAUUCAAUAAGUAUUACAUCUAGUGUGAUUUAAACACAUAUAGUCAAGUACUAACAAAGAUGGCAUAGACCCAAAA